GAAAGAUGCCAGGUCGUUUUACAGCAGUGUAACCAUGGUAACACGUCUCUGACACGAUGCAAGGAGUGAACAUAAGAACUUGGAAUCGGCUGCUCAUCUGUGCCGUUCUGAUUCUCUUUGCUCUGAAUAUAUGGCUGGUCAGAACUCUUUUGAAUGCUACAUCAGAUGUUCAAUUGCUGGAGAGGUCGGAUACUCUCAGAAGUUCACACACAAAAGAACAUGUACAACAGCAGGCUCAGGUCUUGUCUCCUGACUCCAGGCCACAGCUGUGUUCUAGUUCACCACACAUCGAUAGGAAUAAAGCCAUUGUACUCGGACAUCGCAAACAUACUAAAGAUUUCUUGACGAUAGGAAUACCAACAGUCAAGCGGCAUCAGCAGUCAUAUCUUGAGAAGACUCUUGACUCAAUCAUUCAAAGUACGAGCAUUGAAGAACAAGCCUCAGUAACAGUCGUAAUAUUCUCAGCCAACUUUGAUGAGGAACUGAACAAUCUUCUUAAAGUGGAACUGGAGUCCACCUACCGAGAACACUUUACCUCUGGCUUCAUGCAGCUCAUCACAGCCCCCAACUCAUUCUAUCCUCCCUUGGAAAAUCUCAAGCAGAAUUUCGGUGACUCUAAGGGGCGCGUGUCGUGGCGCGCCAAACAAGUCGCGGACUAUGCGUUCCUGUUCAGUUACUGCCAGGGUCUGUCGGAGUACUACCUGCAGCUGGAAGAUGAUGUCAUCUCCUCUCCAGACUUUGUCCAGUCGAUUAAGAAUUACCUGGACGUGGUGACAUACAAGCAGUGGACAACGCUGGAGUUCUCGGAGCUGGGCUUUAUAGGGAAACUCUUCCGUUCGAGUGAGCUACCCCGGCUGACCCAGUUCAUGCUCUUCUUUUACGAAGACCAGCCUGUUGACUACUUGCAGAAAUACUACAAUUACUUAAAUGCCCAGGAGGGGACGUUCAGACAUGCACCAUCGCUUUUCCAGCACAUUGGCAUGAAGUCCUCUCUGAGAGAUAAGGAACAGGAGCUGAUUGACAAGUUCUUUGAGGACAACGCGAGGAAGUAUCAUGCUGACAACCCACCGGCCGUGCUGUACAGCAGCAUGGAAGCCUUCAGUAUGUACACACCUCAGCUUGCCUACAGCUCCAAGCCGGGCUACUUCUGGGGGAAGACACCCAUCACUGGAGACACCUUCCUGCUUGUCUUUGAGUCGCCCGCCCACCUUUCAAGAGUCGUUAUGGAAACAGGGUCAGAGAAAAACCCGGACGAUUACCUGAGGUCGGGAAAACUUGAAGCCAGCCCCGUGGUGAUGAUGCACAGUCUGGAUGGGACUCCGCGGUGUGCAGAUUACCGCAGCAUCGGCAAGUUCACUGACGGACGAUUGGAUGUCAGUGACUUGGAGACAACUCUGGACUUCAAAACGACCUGUUUACAGAUAACCAUCACCAAAAGUCAGCAGCAGUGGCUGUUGAUCAAGGAGAUCGCUGUAUGGGUCCACAGGUGAUUACAUGCAGGUGUAUUCCACAAUUCCUCCCAUAAGGUACGUGUAGGUUACGCAGUCGCAUACAGUUAUAUGAUACACAAGGUAUUUGGGCUAGAAACUAAACCCCAAAAUGAGCAAGAGAUACUAACACCAUGAACCAUGGCUGCAUAUUUUAUAGCUCCGGGACCGGGACAUUUUAAUUCUUAGCUUACCUUAAAAACUUACUUUGGGAACUAACAAAGGCAACUGAAACAUUUAUUCAGUACUGUGACAAGACUCUCUAAUUUAGAAUUGGCUAUUUACCUUCGGGCUUAAGGAUCACGUAAGCGAUCUACAUACAACGGUGGAGGCGGAGGUCACUUAGGACAUGUGGAAGUAAGCCGGAGGAUUGAGGCUGUAUUCGAUUUUCACUUGGAGGAAGUUAAAGGAUUUUGCAGGAUUGAGGAUGCAUCCUAGCGAAAGGCCUAGGGGGUUAGGGUAUUUAAGU